CCAACAUUCUCAACCCUCUCCUUAUUCUAUUCUUUCUCUGAAAACCAAAACAAGAGGAAUUAAAGUUCAUUCAUUUAAAAAAGAAAGUAAAGAUAAAAAUAACAUGCACAACAACAUGAGCACUCUCUCUUUCUUCAUCCUUCUUUCAACACUACUAACUGUUGGUUACGGUGGUCGCGACUUAGGAGAUAAAAACCCGUUCACCCCGAAGGCUUACGUGGCACGUUACUGGGACCAACACGUCCGCAACAACUUGCCAAAGCCAUCGUUUCUUCUCUCAAAAGCAUCCCCAAUGAGCGCUUCCGACACGGCGUCGUUCGCCAAGCUCGCCGCCGCGAACAAACUCUCCACCCGCCUGCCGGAGUUCUGCUCCGCCGCGCACCUCCUCUGCUUCCCGGAGGUCCGUCCCAGCCUCGAGAAACACACCGAAGAUGCCGGUUUCCAAACCUACAACGACGGCCAGAACUUCACCAACUACGGCACCGACUUCGCCGGCGGAAUCGACACCUUCAAAAACUACUCCAACGAAAUCUCCACCACCCCGGUGAACGACUUCCGCCGCUACAGCCGCGGCGCCGCCGGCCACGAAGAGCGAUUCUCGGCCUACGCCAGCGAUUCCAACGUCGCCGACCAGAGCUUCAGCACCUACGGCACCAACGCCGCCGGUGGCUCCGGCGAGUUCAAAAACUAUUCCAGCAACUCCAACGUACCCGACUUGCGAUUCACCACCUACUCCGACAGCACCGGCGGGAGAACGCAGUCGUUCUCCAGCUACAGCGAGAACGGAAACGCCGGCGGCCAGACCUUCCAAUCCUACGGCAAGAACUCCGCCGGCGCGGCGAACGACUUCAGCGCCUACGGCACAGGCUCAAACGUCGCCUCUUCGGAUUUCACGAACUAUGGAAAAGGAGGUGCGGGCCCCAACAACACGUUCACGAAUUACGGCGUUAACAUGAACAACCCUACGGAAACGUUUCAGAGCUACGCAGACGGAACGGUUGGGGGAACGCAGAGUUUUUCCAACUACAGAGACCAAGCUAACGUAGGCGCUGACUCGUUCAAAUCCUACGCUAAAAGCACGUCAGGCUCCGAAGCGGAUUUCAAAAGCUACGGGAAUUCCUUCAACCCUGGUUCGGACACUUUCAAAGGCUACGCCAAAGGCGCAGAAGAUAGCAAGGUUGGUUUCACAACCUACAGCGCUAACACUAAUGCUACGUUUAAGGAUUACGCCAAACAGGGCGUAUCCUUUGCUAGUUACAACGUAUCUUUCUCUCCUGGGAGAGCAUCCAAAACUGUUAGUGGCAGUUUGGUAAAAAGGUGGGUUGAACCGGGUAAGUUCUUUCGGGAGAGCAUGCUUAAGGAUGGGACUCUUAUGCCCAUGCCCGAUAUAAGAGAUAAAAUGCCCAAAAGGUCGUUUUUGCCCCGCUCCAUUCUGACCAAAUUGCCCUUCUCGUCUUCCAAGGUUCACGAGUUGAAGCGCCUCUUCAAGGUUUCUGAUAACUCCUCCAUGGAGAAGAUGAUAAUGGACUCUUUGGGGGAGUGCGAGAGGGUGCCAAGCAUGGGUGAGACCAAGCGCUGCGUGGGUUCUAUUGAGGAUAUGAUUGACUUUUCCACCUCCGUAUUGGGCCGUAAUGUCGCGGUUUGGACCACUGAGAAUGUAAAUGGGUCCAAUAAGAAUGUGAUGGUGGGCCGGGUCAAAGGGAUGAACGGUGGAAAGGUGACCCAAUCGGUGUCGUGCCACCAAAGCUUGUUCCCUUACAUGCUUUACUAUUGUCACUCCGUUCCCAAGGUUCGGGUCUACCAAGCGGAUCUAUUAGACCCGGAAUCUAAGGCCAAGAUUAACCACGGUGUUGCUAUUUGUCACUUGGAUACCACUGCGUGGAGCCCCACCCACGGUGCAUUCAUAGCGCUCGGGUCGGGUCCGGGUCGGAUCGAAGUGUGCCAUUGGAUCUUUGAGAAUGACUUGACCUGGACUAUUGCUGAUUGAUUUAGGAAACUAGAGUUGGUUCGCGACUCCAUUGGCUAAUGGAAAUUGAAAGCAGGCUCAACCCAAUGUCAAUGUGUUUUCAUUUUAAGUCACCUUUUUUUUUUUUUUUUCCUGGUUUUCAGAAAUAAAUGUUUUGUAAGGGUUUGUUCAUUUUAAGUAAUUAUUAAAGUGUGCAUUAUGUAGUAGAAGCCAGUGAAUGUAGUAGUGUCUAUUUAUUUAUAUAAUCAUUAGUAUUUUCACCAGUGUUA